GUAUGUGAAGGAAAGUGGAGGUAUGAUUCUUUGCUGGAACUGAAGAGCAAGACAUUGAGGAACACAUCUGAAGAGGAGAGGUCCUGGAGGAAUAAACUAUUAGGGAACACCAUAAAAGGAAAAAGUUUAUCGGUGCAACCUGAAGUUGAAACUGGAGGACACAAGGACUUAGCAAGUAAUAGAGAGGGACAGGAUUUCGAAGCAAGAAAAAUAAGGGACGAAAAGAGAAAACAUGGGUUGUGUAUUCAGUAAGCAACAGUGGGCUGAAGAGAUGGAUCCCCAAUCCUUAGAACCUCUAAAGACACGGGACUGCACAGAGGAUGCAGAGAUUCUCAGCUUAACAGAGCUGGGGAAAAUGGGUUCACACUCGUUUAAAGAAAGGAACUUCAAGAAGAAGCACCACUGUGCUGUCUGCAAACAAACCCUCGACAGCCAUGGCAUGUACUGCAAAGAGUGUAAAACUGCAGUACAUAAGAUAUGUGAGGAAAAGGUGUCUGUCCCCUGUGAAGCUAUUGCAGAUCCACCCCCGUUUCCAAACCAGAUGAACAUCCCUCCCACUAGAAACAGCAUAGAGAGUGUUAUGGAGAGGGUAAUGGACAGCCAGUAUGACUUUGACUUGACCUACAUCACUGAGCGCAUUAUCUCUGUCCUCUACCUGCCCGACCUGGAAGAGCCACGGUACAGCGCCAACCUCAAGGAAGUAGCGGCCAUGUUGAAAUCUAAACAUCAAGAUAAGUUCUUGCUUAUAAAUCUGUCAGAGAAACGACAUGACAUCUGCCGGCUAAAUCCAAAGGUUGAGGAGUUUGCCUGGCCAGAUCUGCAUGCUCCGCCACUCGAUAAGAUAUGCGCUAUGUGCAAGACCAUGGAGAGCUGGCUUACCUCUGACCCCCAAAACGUGGUUGUACUGCACUCCAAGGGAAACAAAGGGAAAGCUGGAGUAAUUGUAGCCGCUUACAUGCACUACAGCAAGAUAUCAGCUGGGGCCGAACAGGCUCUCUCCACCGUUGCUAUGAGGAAAUACUGUGAGGAUAAAAUCUCUCCCUCUCUCCAGCCCUCUCAAAACAGGUACAUACAUUAUUUUGCUGGCCUUCUCUCGGGAACAAUAAAGAUGAACAGCUCACCUCUGUUCCUGCAUCAGGUUUAUAUUCCAGCAUUGCUAAACUACCAGUCAGAACAAGGUUACUCUCCUUUUCUGAAGAUCUAUCAGUCAUUGCAGUUGGUCUAUUCUUCCAGAAAAUAUGAUAUUCAGGCUCCUAAUGGUAAGAUGCUCGGUGUGAAAAUUGAACCAGCUCUACUGCUGAAGGGAGACAUCCUGGUGAAGGGUUUUCAACACCACUCGGGUGCGUGUAAGAGGGAAUGCGUGUUUAGGGUUCAGUUUCACACCUGCAGUGUUCAUGGAUCUCAGCUUACCUUUGGGAAAGGGGAACUAGACCAAGCUUGCAGAGAUGACAGUUUCCCGGUUGAUGCCAGGGUGGAGUUUCUGUUCUCUUCUGGCACGCAGAGAGUGCGAGAGUUGCAGGGGAAUGAAACGGCAGUGUCUGUGGAUUACGGCGCUGCAGAUCCUGUUGUGCGUUGGGACUCAUAUGAAAACUUUAACCUUCAUCAUCAGGAUAGUAUUGAAAAUAUCUGUCACACUCGAGGGCCUUUGGAUGGUAGUCUAUAUGCUCAGGUGAAAAAGCGUCGUGCGCUAGGGUCCAGUCCCAGCAGUUGCCUUGCCUCCAUCACAAACUUCACACAGUCUCCCAGCCAUUCCACUUCUGCUCCUAUUCCACUCAGCACAGACAUAACUCACUCCUCUCCCAUUCCUUCCCGUGUUGAAAGGGAUAAAAGCGAGAAGGACAGACACAGAGAAACAGCAAUACUGGAUGAUGGCGACUGCUCUACUCUCAGACCAGAACGUUUAGCUCAACCCUGUAAUGGGCGCCCGUAUUCCCACACUCAUUCGUUCUGUGGCCCAGAUCUGACCAAUCCGCAUGCGCAUGCACAAACGCAUCAGUCCAAACACCACACACUUCCCUGCAAUCGAACCGCCCAAGUGCCUGCCCGGGAUCUUUGCGUAUCCCAACCGGAUCUUUUAUGGGAGAGAGGGCGCUGUUUGCACCACCAUCCCUGCACUGAAGCAAUCAGACAACUGUACUCAUACCCUCUUGAAGACUCCCUAUUACACUCACCACUUUCCCACCCACUGUCUUCCCAUUCCCAGACACUUCCUCCACAAACAUGCGCGUUUUUCUCUGGGGAGGCAUGUCCUUUGAUCCAUUGCUCUGCCCCCUCUCAGGGCCACACCCACAUGUUUCCGUCGCUCCCCACCAACCAGUCACUUCUCCCUAGUCCCUACCGAGAGCUACAUUUUAGCUCAGCUCCACCAACAUCGUGUUCCUGCAGGGACUGCUCUCGCCUGCGGGAGGAUGUUGCUCUACACUCCUUACGAGAAAGAGAAUUUGAGGGUCUUCCAUGGUCUCGAGAGGCAGAGUGUGGAUUUAGGAGGGAGGCGCCUGUGUACUGGAGGGAUAGAAGGGCAGAGAACCAUUGGGAGGGUGUUCAAGAGGCUGAGUUUUGGCGACGCAAAACAAUAAUGUCUCCAGUGAUGUCAUCAUAUGGACACUGCCAGACCGCCCCGAAACACGAUCCCGCAUUGUAUGCUGCAGACAUCCAACCUGAACAUAUUACCCCACUGAGUCCAUUUCCCAGCCCCCAAAGCAGUGGCUACCACAGCCCUUAUCUGCCCUGUCCCUGCUCUCCACAAGUGCUCAGAGAAAGUCCUAGUUACGCAUCUAUCAAUCAUUCUCCAGACUCAGCCCCCUCUGCGUUCAAUCCAUCCCCACAACGAGCCAAUCACAACAAUCCUGAAAAGAUUAAGCAUAUUCUAAAAGAUGAUGGUAUUAAGGUUUCAGAAGCUGAUAUAAGUCACAUUAAGGCCAUUACACAGGACAGUGGACCAUUAGAAGUAGGAGAUCCAGUAAGAAGUACUGGCGCAGAAGGUGCAACUCUCGAAAGGUCUCUAAUCACUGUUGUCUGUGCUGUCAACGGUGCAAAAGAGAAGAUGGAAUCACAAUGCUUUCAGGUCAAGAAAACACCUAGCAGGGAGUCUACCACAGAAUCUACCACAGCUCUCAUCAGUGACCCACCAUCAUGCCCUAAACCAGACCUCACAUCCAAGCUGGUAGAGGUACAGGUACAAACUCAAAACCCAAGCUCGCUCAGCAACAGUCUCCUGGAGACUGACAAUGAUAAAAUAGAGAUCAAAGACUCGUAUCAGAUCAUCCCUUCAACCUCAACAAGUUCUCAGCCUCCUAUUUGCUCUUCACAGAGAAGCUCUGCCAGUGUUGAAAGGGAAAGAUUGACACCCUUGACCGACUGUAAUUCAUCCACUGAGGAAAGCAGCAACAGUGACAUCAGAGCUUCGUCUCCUGACCCUGAUGGCUAUAUCACACCCUCAUUUCCUAUAGGGUCAUACAACUACGCUCUUCUGACUGUGCCUCAUGUCCCUUAUACGGGCUACACCGCUAUCAACAUUCCUGCCUCCUUGCCUCAACCUCCUCUUCCGGAAAAACAACGCACAUUGGCCUUUCAAAAUGUAGCUGAUUGCACUGGUGUCGUCUCUUUCAAAUCUGAUGCAAAAGUUUUUACUUUUUCUGGACAGUUACCUGUCAUCAAUGAACUGCUUCCUUCAAUUAAUUUCAAGGUAGCUCCCUCCAAUGGAAUGGAGGAACCAGAAAGCCGCCUAAGCUCUAAGUUUGUGCAGGAUAGCUCCAAGUACUGGUACAAACCGGGCAUCUCUAGAGACCAGGCUAUUGCAGUAUUAAAGGAUAAAGAGCCUGGCAGCUUCCUCAUUAGGGAUAGUAAUUCUUUCCAAGGCGCAUAUGGAUUGGCCCUCAAAGUUGCCACACAUCCAGCCCAUGCAAGUAAUCAUGGCGAGACGGGCAACACUCAGGAGCAGCUGGUUAGGCACUUCCUGAUUGAGAGCGGAGCUAAAGGAGUGAAGAUCAAAGGCUGCCAAAAUGAAACAUAUUUUGGCUCCCUGUCUGCUUUGGUGUAUCAGCACUCCAUCACACCUGUGUCUCUUCCAUGUGUACUGCAUAUCCCAGAUAAAGAUCUUAUUGGAGAGUUACAGGAAAUGCAAAGUGGAACGAACACCAGCACAGCUGCGGACCUGUUAAAACAGGGUGCAGCUUGUAAUGUUUUGUACCUAAACUCAGUGGAAACGGAAUCUUUGACCGGCCCGCAAGCCAUCUCCAAGGCAACCAAGUGCACUUUGACCCAGGAACGUCAUUCUUUGCCAACAGUUGUCCACUUCAAAGUGUCCACGCAAGGGAUUACCCUCACUGAUAAUCAGCGCCGCUUGUUUUUCAGGCGACAUUACCCUAUUCACAGUGUGACUUUCAGCAGUGUGGAUCCUCUGGAUCAAAGGUGGAUUGAUGCUGAUAACACAUCCCACAAGAUGUUUGGAUUCAUAGCACGGCGCAGUGGUGCUUUGGGAAAUGUGUGUCACUUGUUUGCAGAACUUGACCCAGAGCAACCAGCCACAGCCAUUGUGAACUUCAUCAAUAAAGUCAUGCUGGGACCUCAACAGCUGCGAAAAUGAAUGCGGUAUAGGGAAGGUAAAGAGCAAAAUAGAGAGGAAAAGGGAAAUUUAUAGAGAGCAGUACAGUGGAUCAUUUCAGUGGGUUUACAGCAUAAGAUAAGCUUUUAUAAGGGACACAGAAAUGUUUUUUUAUUACAACUUUUUCCAAUUCGUCUGUGUUCUUUUUUGAUAUUUUUGUAAUGUUAAUUAGUGAAAUCGAGUGCAUUAUAAAGUAUAAAGUAUUUGGCUAAGGAUUUAUGGGUGUGAUUUUAUGAAACAAACAACUUUGAACAAAAUCUAGAUAGUGAAGAAAAUGUACAUGAUUAAAAAUGAAUGAAUUUCCUAAGAUUAAUUAUUAGUUAUUUUAGUGAAACAACAGGAUUUAUUUCAUUGUAAUUUUCCAUUGUUCUGUUUUGAAAUGUUAUGCUGCCCUUAUGCCUUUGUGUAAAAGGUCAGAAUUCAUUUGUUUGUUUUGGUUGUUUGUUUUA